AUGCGAACCGAAAUAGCUGGGAUGGAGUCGGAUUUGCAGCAUAAGAACCAGGCAUCCCGUAACAAACGGGAUGGGUUGAAAAUCUACCCACGAGAGACCAUAGAUAAGAAAGUAAAGGAAAGAACACAAGGCUGUUUUUGUAUUUAUUUAUUUUGUAGGGUGGGUGGGAGGAGACGAAGAUAG